GCGUAAGGAGAAGUUCCGGUGGCUUUCACGUCAUGGUGCAGAGCAGAGUCCGACUCUGAAAGAGCAUUAUUAUACAGUAAUAGGCAGUGCUAAUAUCUUUUUAAACCCGCUGUGUCGCAGUGCAGUUAUCUGUGAAGAGCUGUAAUGGGGAAUGCGCAGAGUUACAUCGCUGCCUCGCUGUCUGUGUGUUGUGUGUAUUUGGUUUAUGAUCAUAUUUACCGCUCUCAUAAGUUGCUGAAAACAAAUGUUCUCAACAACGACAGCCUUCCCAGUUUCGUGUAUCUUUACAUCAAAUAUGUGACAAGAGCGCUGACCCGGAGGACAGGGUACUUAUACACAGCACCUAGGGAGCAGAGUGAAGUUGUUUACACGCUCCUCAACUGCAGGCUGGAGACUCCCCUGUUGAGGAGGUUCAGCAGUGCUGCAGGUUACGGCUGGGAUUAUCCAGACACUGAAUACAGAGACAUCCCACUGUGCUUCCCAGAGAUCCUCUGCCGCAGACUGCUGCUGAUGUCACUAACAGAUAAAAACUUCAGCCUGAGUCCAGCAGGUCUGCUCCGUGUGCGUCAGAGUUUGAAAACCCUCGAGCCAGUCGAUGAACUGAAGAGGGGUCCGUUCAUGCUGCAAGUUCGAGUCCUGGAGUACCGGCAACUUGAUGCAGGGGUGGAGGUGGACAUCUGUCUGUCUGCCACUUCCCGUAGUGGAUGUGCAGUGUGGGAGAGCGUCCUGACACUGCUGUCCAAAAACAAGCACCACAGAGCUGGCAGAUGCUCACAUGAGGAUGAGCAUGCAUUCCAACCAGAUGAGCCUGUGCCAGACAAUGUAAAGCAGGUAGAGCUGAGAGUUCCCAGGACUACCGGCCUGCAGUGUGUCUGGUCCUUCUCCGACAACAACCCCUACCGGUUUCUCUCUCUACCGGCCAGGCUCGUCGGCUACAGAUCGCAGGCCGCACCAAGUCUCUGGAUGCUGUCUGUCUGCUUGGCUGAAAUAGAAAAGCACAAAGGGGUUGAAGUCAUCACAGCUCCCGCCAGCGUCACUGCCCACUUUAAGGAGCCUUUGUUGGUGCCUGGCAGAGUCACGAUCAAGUUUUGGGAGAUGACCAAAGACAAGGAUCAGUCUCCUGCUCGAGGCCUCAGUUUUGACAUGCAGCAAAAUGGAAGUAACAUAUCUCACAUAUGUGGACUGAUUUCUAGGUGACUGAUUAACAUAGAAGCUAAAUAUAUGUAGUUUUGUCGAACUAAAGUGAGAUACUGAAAUUGUACUUUUUUUUGUUUUGUUCUGUAUAACUGAAGUCCGCACAAUAAGCUGAUCAAUAUUCAACUUUGUUCUCAUAUGAUCAUAAAACAAUGUCUAUUUAUUGAGCAAUGAAAUUAAAUAUAUUUUCAUAAGAGCAUUUAUUAAUACAUGUAUCUGCCUCGGGCACCCUCUUUUUUUAGGGGUUAUCAGCUUUAUUGAGUGCAACCGCUUCAGCAUCACUAAUGUUUUCUUUUUUUGAAAAUGAGAAUAGAUUUGAUCAUAUCACAAAAAUCCAUGUCAUACAUCCAAAAAGUGAUUUUUCUGUAAAAUUACACUGUCAAAACUUGCACUGUAAAAUAAAGUGUGCCAUGUCCGGAUGCAUAUGAGGAAUUGAUUUAAAUACAUGCUGAAUCACUUGUGCAUUUUGAGUUGUUAUAUAAAUCACAACAGAUAUGUCAACAUGUUUAAUUGUUGUGUUCUUGAAAGGACCAAAAUAGAUGAAAAAUCAUUUCAAUUGAAAGCUGUCUGAUAAGUUGAUGAGCAGGACGUUAUGCUAUAGGUUCCAUAGGUUUACUGUACAUGAGCACUUUGUCAGAUGGCAUGUUGACUGGUUGACAACAGGCCAAUGCAGACAUCAUCCCUACAGGGAACCAAGACUUUUCAAUAUUUGAUCCCUCUGUUAUUCCUGUUUGCAGCUUUCAUAUACAGUAUGUGAGGGUCUGUCCUCCUGUAUUAUUUAUAGGAAC